UAGUGAAUACUCAACUCAGUCAUCAAUGGCAUCUUCCUCUCGCGGUCAAGGCAAAUAUGAUGUGUUCUUGAGUUUCAGAGGCGAAGAUACUCGUAAGAACUUUACCGAUCAUCUCUACGCUGCUUUACAUCAGAAAGGAAUCUUCACAUUCAGAGACGACGAAGAACUCGAGAGAGGAACGGAGAUUUCAUCGGAGCUCUUGAAAGCCAUCGAAGAAUCGAGAUUUUCGAUUGUAAUUCUCUCAGAAAACCAUACUUCUUCCCCGUGGUGCUUGGACGAGCUUGCGAAAAUUGUUGAGUGCAUGGAGGUGAAGAAGCAGAAGGUUUUUCCCGUUUUUUACGGCGUAGAUCCAUCGGAAGUACGGAAUCAGACCGGAAAGUUUGAAAAAGCUUUUCGUCAACAUGAAGAAGAGAUCGAUGAGGAGAGAAUUGAAAGGUGGAGAUCAGCUCUUGGUCAACUUGGCAAGGCCGCUGGUUAUCAUUUGCAGGACAGACAUGAAUCGCAAUUGAUCAAACAAAUUGUUGAGGAAAUAUCAAAACAAUGAAAACCAGUUAGUACCAAUAAGGGUCUUUUUGGAAUGGAACCUCGUGUGCAGCGUUUAAUAUAUGAUUAUUUACAAACAGAACUGGAUGAUGUUCGCUUCAUUGGCAUAUGUGGGAUGGGAGGAAUAGGUAAAACUACAAUUGCUAGAGUUUUAUACGAGACACUUUCGGAUCAAUAUGAAUGUAGCAGCUUUG